ACCUCGCCAUCCUCCAGCCGCCAGGCUUUCCCCAGAGCCCAAAGAGUCCGGGUGUGUGCGAUGCAGCGCUGGGCCCUCCUGUCCCUCGUGGCCUCGCUGGCCCUCGUUCCCUGUUCCGGGAGCGACGGGCGGCUCCGAGACGGACUCCUUCCGGGGGAGGCAAACCCUGGUCACCUCCUUCCGAGGGAGGGAGGUCUUCCGGCCGACCCUUUCUUCGACGAGGAGUUGCAGCAGCAGAAACUGCGGGCAUUCACCAACUUCAUUCGACCUCGGGGGCCGUAUAGUGGUCUAGACCCGGAUUCACUACUGGCACUGCUGCCUGCAUUGAGUCAGUUGCCGAAUCAGGUGUGCACGGUCCACGUCAUCUCCUAUCUCCUCGCAAUUGCCAACAAUCUGGGCUUACUGACCUUUCCGGGCUUACCAGACUUGGAGCUUCCCAUUUCAUCCUUCAAUGGCACCUGGCCCCUCCUCAUGCUGGACGCGAUGGGGAAGAUCCCGGACGGGAUCAUGGAGGGGAACGUGUACGAAUGGGGCAGCUACGACGAAUGCAUGGACGUCCGGGCCGAGAUCACAGAGGAGAUCAUUCAGACGCUUCAGCUGAUGAAUUUGAUGCUCGGAGGUCUGAUUCCGGAGCCCGACCUGAUGGAGAGGAAAUUCCAGGGUCACUACUGCCUCAUCUCCUUCUAUCCGCCAUCCAUGUUAGGAGAAAACACUACAGAGAAACUCCUGCCGUCGAUACCGGAAGCCCGGAUGGGAAUGCUGGACACGUCGGAGGACUUCCUCACGGUUUUCCUCAUGGCACCGCCCUCGUUCGGCCUCUGCAUGCCUUCCACCUGCUCUCCCGGGGACAUACAGGGCGUAGUGUCGACCUUGGUCGCGGUCCUGGCCGGGAAUUCCACCGAAAUCAAUUUCCUCCUCUCUCAAAUCUACCCCGUCGUGAGACCAGAAAUGUGUUACAUCCAGAAAGAUCCCAGCGACCCCUCCACCCACUUCACCACGGCCGACAUCGUCGUCCUGUCGAUAAUUGUGGUGUUUGCGGUUCUCAUAGCUUGUGGGACGUUGUUGGACCUUCGAAUCCAGGCUCGACCUGAUCUCUGGACCGAUCAAAAGAAAGACAAGGGCGUGAUGGCCCUCGUAUCGUUCUCGGCUUACACGAACGGGAAGAAAAUCCUGAAUACGGAAAGCACGUCCGAGACCCUCGGCUGCCUGCACGGUCUACGGUUUUAUUCGAUGACCUGGGUGGUCCUGGGUCACACCUACUUCACCGCCUUCGCGCCUCUGUUCAAGAACCUGCAGUCUGCUACCCGCGAUAUGUUCGACAACUGGGCGUUCAUGGCGAUCGCAAACGCGACUGUGUCCGUGGACACGUUCUUCUUCCUGAGCGGGCUCCUGGUGGCUUACAUCCUCUUGAGGGACCUGAAGCGGAGCAACGGGAAGUUCAACCCCGUCCUCUACUACCUCCAUCGAUUCAUCCGACUCACGCCCGCCCUGGCCAUGACGGUGGCGCUGAUGGCCACGCUGGCCCGGUUCGUCGGGAGCGGGCCGCUCUGGGGCGGGAUGGAGUCCACGGCCGAGAUAUGCCGGAAGAGCUGGUGGAGGACCGUCUUCUAUCUCUUCAACAUCGAGAUCGAUGGGGAGUAUGGAUCCUGUGUGGGACAGACGUGGUACUUGGCGUGCGAUAUGCAUAUGUAUUGGGCCAGUCCUUUUCUGGUGGUACCCCUUUUCUAUAUGCCCAUGUACGUCGCCCUGGGUUACCUGAGCAUGGUCCUCUUGGGCAUGGGCUUCGUCUGGCCCAGCAUCUUCUACAGGAACAACGACUUCCCUGCCACCAUCAUUCCGAACCAGCUCAUGGACUCUCCAGACUUCUCGACCAGGGCGUACUUCGCCACUCAUGUGAGGUCGGGGCCCUAUAUCGUGGGUAUCAUGCUCGGUUACAUCCUCUUCAAGUUCAAGGACAGGAAGAUCCAACUUCGCAAGGAGGUGGUAUGGCUCGGAUGGGCUCUGUCUACUGGGGUGGCGCUGGCCAUUCUGUACGGCCUGAAAGAACCGUUCAGGUUUGGGGGUGAAAAGCUGACGCCUGAGAUGGCUGCUUUCUAUGGAGGCGUUCAUCGGACGGUCUGGGCCAUGUGCAUCGCCUGGGUCGUCUUCGCCUGCGUCUAUGGCUACGGAGGUGACAUGUCGAUUGCCUAUGCUUAUAGGUUCGUGAAUACGCUGCUGUCGUGGAAGGCCCUGAUGCCUUUCAGUCGCCUCACAUACUGCAGCUACCUCCUAUCUUUGAACAUACAGCUCAUCUACCAAGGAAGCAGGAAGGCCGUCAUGUACAUGGACCACCCGCAAAUGGUGUACUGGUUCCUGGGGAUCUUGACCAUCACGGAGAUGGGUGCAUUUGUCUUCUCCCUCAUGUUCGAGUCUCCGUUCCUGGGACUGGAGAAGGUCAUCUUCCCCCUCUUGGACGAGUGGGUUCUCGCUCCGAUUAUCUCCUUUGCUGGGGUUCAGGCCAAGCCUCAUCAUCCAGAACUCCUGCCCAUUGCCCUGGGGGGUCGCAACUCGGGCUCCGGACUGAGUCCUUCGUCUCGCGUUGCCAGAGAUUCUUUCACCAGGAGUCGGGCGCUGAUCCCCUUCAGCCGAUUGACCUACUGCAUUUACCUGCUUUCUCUCAACAUCCAGAUCAUCUACCAGAGUUCCCGAAAGCACGUCGGCUACUUGGAUCAUCCCACAAUGGUGUACUGGUUCCCGGGGAUCCUGGCAAUCACGGAGAUGGGUGCGUUCGUCUUCUCCCUCUUGUUCGAGUCUCCGUUCCUGGGACUGGAGAAGGUGAUCUUCCCCCUCAUGGACGAGUGGAUCGUGAUCCCCAUCACACAAAUUCUACCUUUCAAGCUCCGCGCUGAUCCCCUUCAGCCGAUUGACCUACUGCAGUUACCUGCUUUCUCUCAACAUCCAGAUCAUCUACCAGAGUUCCCGAAAGCACGUCGGCUAUACGAGUGGAUCGUGAUCCCCAUCACACAAAUUCUACCUUUCAAGCUCCGCCCUCACGAGACCAAGUCACCCGUUAAGGAAGAGGAGAGGGCAGAGGCGAACGAGAAGAUAGCCAUCAUCACGGAAGACGUUCUGAAGCCAGAGGGAAUGGUUUCCCCAAGGCUGGAAUUCCAACUGGGGAACAACGAGCCAAUGACCAUCCUCUGA